UGCAGCUGGUUCUGGAUCACUGCUCGGGGGCCAUGGUGAAUGAAGUGGAGGGUUUAGGGGUGGAGGUUUUUGACACAGACCAGUCAGUGUGUAAAGUAUCUGCAGACACACCAGGCAGUGAGAGAUUCCUGAAUGUGGAUCAGCCUCUGCAGCUCGGAGGAGUGAAGGAAACACACCCGCUGCGUCGCACACACCCUCACUACAAAGGCUUUGUGGGUUGCAUCAGAAACCUGGUGGUGGACAGUCAGGUGUAUGACCUGGGCAGCGCGGCGGAGAGUGAGAACAGUGCCCCUGGGUGUGGACUGACCGAUGGAGUGUGUCUGACUGCAGGAGGGCCCUCCUGUGGCCUGCACGGGAAGUGCCUGGGGGAGUGGGGUUCCUUCAGCUGUGACUGCCACCCUGGCUACAGUGGACACAAGUGUGAGAAGGCUCUCCCUGAGUGGUCCUUUGAGAAGGAGAGCAUGCUGAGGUAUCAGCUGAGAGGAGGUGGGAGUCCACGGAGGACGCACGCUCAGCUCCUCCUCAGAACACGUUCCUCCUCGGGUAGCCUGCUCAGCAUGAGCUCUCGCGACUCCAAUGAGUUCAUCAUACUGCAGAUAGUGGAUGGGUAUCUGAGUGUCAGCGCCAACCUGGGUGAUGGAGCCCACACCCUUAGACUGGGAAGCCAACGAGUGGACUGCGGCCAGUGGGUCAUGGUCAGUCUCCAUCGCCAUGACAACAUGUUUCACCCUGCGGCUGGAGCAGGGUGGGGGGUCGCGAGAGGUCUCAGGGGUUCUUGGCCUCAAACGAGAGAUCGUGGUGCAUCCAUCCAGCGUUCUUCUGGGAAACAGUGCUACACACAGCACUCUCACAGACUUUCAAGGCUGUAUGCGUGAUGUACGGCUGAAUGGUCACUCUCUGCCGCUGGACGGUCAGAGCAGUGAGUUUGCUACAGUGCUGGAGCGGCGCGGGGUGCAGACAGGCUGCCACUCAGACGCCUGUAGCUCCAAACCCUGUCACAGCCCUCUGUACUGCGUAGAUCUGUGGAGGAAACACGAGUGCAGGU